CUCAGCUCAUUGUCCGUGCACAUCGUUCCUGUUUCGUAUUAUCUACGAUUUUAUUUCCUUCCUAAGCUCCGGUGGUCUCUGUUCCGUUAGCUUUUGACGUCCUCGUGUCUGGGUUACCUUUACCGUGACUUGUUGUUCACUGUACGACAGACUUCACCAUUUUGUUAUCCAUUCCAGCUGGCAAUCAUUGUGUUCGGAACAAUCCUACGUUUUCUUUUUGAUCGCCAAUCUCCACCAACGACUCCCAAUUUAAAAUAAUACCAUGAACACUAGAGAGAGGACAACGGACAUUGCCGGCUGAAGUAAAAAUAUGUGAUUCGGAUUUAUCGCGUCUGCUAGAAUGCAUUCCACACAGAGGUGAUGUCGUUUUUACAUAAUGAAAGAAUCUGCUAAUGCAAUUAAUGUUCAAGAACCAGGGUCUAGUUCUGGAGCAGAAGAGCAAGAAGAAGAAUAUUCUGUUGAAAAAAUUUUAAACAAGCGUGUCAAAAAUGGUAAAUCUGAGUAUUAUUUAAAAUGGAAAAAUUAUUCUGAUGAAGACAACACUUGGGAACCUGAAGAAAAUCUUGAUUGUGAAGAAUUGAUUAGAGAAUAUGAAGAACAAGCAAGAUUAGAAAAAGAAGAAAAGAGAAAAAAACGUAAACGUACCUCAUCUAAUUCAACUAUCAUAAGCUGUGCAUCAUUGUCUGAUGCUAGUACGUCUAAAGAUCGUAAAAGAGAUACUACUCCUAAACGUAAGGUUGCUGCAGUAGAUAAGAUCGAUAAAGUUGACAAGUUUGACAAAGUUGAUAAAGUUGACAAAGCUGAUAAAAUAGACAAAGCUGAUAAAGUUGACAAGGCCAAUAAAUUAGGUAAAACUCACAAAUCUGACAAAUCUGACAAAGCUGAUGCAUCUGAUGAUUCAGCGGUUGAUGAAGAUGAUGCUAAAUCAGAUGAUGAUGAUGAUGAAACAGAAAGUUUGUAUACUGGUGGUGAAAUUGAUCCCACCAAAGUGCCUGAAAAAAUUAUUGGUGCUACUGAUUCAAGUGGCCAAUUGAUGUUUUUGUUGAAGUGGAAGGAUAUUGAAGAAGCUGAUUUAAUUCCGGCAAAACAUGCCAAUGAAAUGUGUCCACAAAUUGUUAUUAAGUUUUAUGAGGAAAGACUUACAUGGCAUGCUCCUGAAACCAAGAAUGGCAUUUAAACUGUAUUUAAGCUUAAUAAAGAGAAGUUACUCAAUCAUGAACUUUUUUCAAUUAUAAUUAUUAUUUGUAUAUGUCUUAUUAUUUUAUGGCAGUCGUGUUCUACAUAUGAAAAAUAUA